GUGAGUGGAGCUGAUAAAAGCAUUAUUAUUUCAUAACACGUAAGAGAGUGAGUUCGUGUUGCCGAUUUGUGAGUGAACAAAUAUUAACCGUGUUUUAGGCAAAAAUGUACAUAUUUUAAGAUUCUGAAAAAAGUAAGCUUAUGUUUUCUCUCUGGAUGUAUUGUCCCACAAUACUCCUUAUUUGUCCUACAUUUAGGCCGAAAAGUUUUUUUUUUCUUCAUUAUGUGCCUUAACAGAAAAAUAUAGAUAGCGACGUACGGUGAACAUUUGGGCCGCUUCGUCCUUCACAGCCUCCCUGGAUAGAUGGAGCAGUUGCGGCGCACAGCAGCAUGCCGCAGCUGAGCGGAGAGAGAGGAGCGCGCACGAGGACGGCUCUUUGGAGAGACCCGAGUCAUUGCCAUCACUCUCCGCACGGCCAGUCGGACCGCGGUCACAUCACAGGGAGAACAGCAUACCGCACGAAACUAGGAUGAAGGUGUAGUAGAGAGACGCACGUGGACUGAUGAAACCGAUAAAACGCCCCGAGGACCGUCGCAACAGGAGAGCGAGCCUCCAGCGCGCGCGGAGACGGUGAGCUCCUUCCGUUGGUUCCAAGAUACAAGUUGGAUGUAAACCGAAGUGAUGUGGACUUUGGCCGGACUAAUUGUUUUUUUUUAGUCAGUUCAAUUAACAGGGUUGAUUUUGGAUUGGGUCCUGAACUGAUCACCAUCCACGGAGCGGAGCGCACGGGGACUAACGAUUCAGAAAACGAGAAAAAUAGACUGUUGUGAUUGUGUCUGUGAGACGGAAACACACGGAUACUUUGGGUGGGUGGCCCGAAUAACACUUGAAUGUUUUUGAAAGCUGAACGGUUUUGUUGUGCCCACACAAAUGGGCAAGCGAACUGAAGCCAAAGGGCGGAAAAACCACCUCGAAUCUGGAUUACCGCGAAAUGUCAGCACUAAAAGAGCUGCGGUCCUACAUGGGAUGAAUUAAACGCGUAAUAUGGAUCUCCGUGAUCUCGCAAUGGACUGCUGGGACUUUUGAAUGCAUUUUUCAGCCUCGUUUUUUUUUGCCAUUUUGCUUUGGGAAAUGCUGUGCCACGUAGUAACGGGCAGCCGCAGUCAAUUAGGCAUUUGUAAUAAUUUACAAACAAAAUCCAAACACGACGCCUCGUAGCUGGGGUGCGUCGGCUUCUCUACAGGCACCAAUAUAAUCACAUGGACACGCCUAGAGGAUCAUUAAACAAAUCAAACAAACCCAGCGCCAAAACCGUCGAUAGAAGUUAUUGAUGAUGUUGUAUAAAAGGCUAGUGAUUGGCCGAGCCUCUGUUUUCCCAACAGAUCGGCAACUACAUGCUGUGAAACUUUGAGGCAUCCAGAGGGAGCAGAAACAUGAACCAUGAGUUCACUUUUACUGCUGCUUUACACUCUUUCACGACGACCGUCCUUGGAAAAAUAACUGCGAACAUCAGCUGGAAUAUACCUCCUCCUCUUCCAUCGAGAAUGUCCACCACAGGAGGGAUUUUUGAACCAGGUGCUUUUGGGGGCCGGGCGGCAUUUCUGAAACAUUUUUAGCCGCUCUUGGUGGAACGAUGGUGGUUGUGACAAGGAGCUUAUGGAUGACCGAGUCCGUGGGAGAGCUGGUGCCGAGACAAUUGACCUCUCCGCCAGCUACACCGUCCGUCUAAAACUCCUCCCCAGAGAGGCACAGCUGCUGCAGGCUAAGGAUGUGAUGGGGUGACUGUUGACACCCCCCUGACCCACCCCCCUAUCUCACUUUACUAGCACUGCAACAUAAACAAUGGAUCAGAAUUUCUCAACGGUUCGAGAUGGAAAGCAGCUGCUGCCGGACCGGGACUCGUCGAAGCGCGUGCUGACGGGAUGCUUCCUCUUCCUCCUCAUCUUCACCACGCUGCUAGGCAACACGCUGGUGUGCGUCGCCGUCACCAAGUUCCGUCACCUGAGGUCGAAGGUCACCAACUUCUUCGUUAUCUCGCUGGCCAUCUCGGACCUCCUGGUGGCUAUCCUGGUAAUGCCGUGGAAGGCGGCGACCGAGAUUGUGGGCUUCUGGCCGUUCGGCGCCUUCUGCAACGUGUGGGUGGCGUUUGACAUCAUGUGCUCCACUGCCUCCAUCUUAAACCUGUGUGUGAUCAGCGUAGACCGUUACUGGGCCAUCUCGAGCCCAUUCCGCUACGAGCGCAAGAUGACCCCUAAAGUGGCGUGUUUGAUGAUCAGCGUGGCGUGGACCCUGUCGGUCCUCAUCUCCUUUAUACCCGUUCAGUUAAAUUGGCACAAAGCUCAGACCACCAGCUACGCGGCGCUGAAUGGGACGUUCAUCGGCGACCUGCCCCCCGACAACUGCGACUCUAGCCUUAACAGGACCUACGCCAUCUCCUCCUCCCUCAUCAGCUUCUACAUCCCCGUGGCUAUCAUGAUCGUCACCUACACCCGGAUAUACCGGAUCGCCCAGAAGCAGAUACGGAGAAUAUCCGCUCUGGAGCGGGCGGCUGAGAGCGCCAAGAACCGCCACAGCAGCAUGGGGAACAGCGCCAGCAUCGAAAGCGAGAGCUCAUUCAAGAUGUCGUUCAAGCGAGAAACCAAAGUCUUAAAGACGCUCUCAGUCAUCAUGGGAGUGUUUGUGUGUUGCUGGUUGCCCUUCUUCAUCCUCAACUGCAUGGUUCCGUUCUGCGAGCCGGAGCCGCCAGACGGUACCACGGACUUCUUCUGCAUCAGCUCCACCACCUUCGACGUGUUUGUGUGGUUCGGCUGGGCAAACUCCUCGCUAAAUCCCAUCAUCUAUGCCUUCAACGCCGACUUCCGCAAGGCCUUCUCCAUCCUCCUGGGCUGCCACCGGCUCUGCCCGGGGAGCAACGCCAUCGAAAUCGUCAGCAUCAACAACAACGUGGGCGCCCCCGCUCAGCACGCCAACUGCCAGUAUCAGCCCAAGAGUCACAUCCCGAAGGAGGGCAACCAUUCAGCCAACUACGCGAUGCCCCACAGCGUCCUGGGUCAGGAGGAGGAGUUACAGAAGAAGGACGGGUGCGGAUUGGAAGUCGAGGCGGGGACGGUAAACAACGCCCUGGAGAAACUCUCCCCGGCCAUCUCGGGGACUUUGGAGAGCGACGCUGAGGUCACGCUGGAAAAGAUCAAUCCCAUAACGCAGAACGGACAGCAUAAAACCGCGCCGUGUUGAGAGAGGGCAGAGAUUGAUCGGAGUAUACCGAGGCAUGGAUGUACACACAAAGGGAGGAGAAGCUCACGCAGGAGGACAGGAAAAAAGUGACAAAAGAGACAUUUACCUUUAGGAACACGCCUGACAGGGAAACACUGAGUGGGAAUACACGGGACCGUAAGACUGUCAACAAAAAUCUACAUGGAAAAACCUACAGAAUGUUUUAAAGUAAAGGCACUUUAUCCUGGAUAUAACUAUCUGCAAAAUACUCUCAGCAUUUAUUUAUGAAAUUAACACAUUUUAUGAUAAAUGUUGAUAAUGUGAACAGCAACGCAGAACACUAGUUUUGUGCAAUUGUAUACAUUUUUUUUUACAUUUACAACAAUGUAUACAUCUGCAUGUGUAUACUGUACAGUGCUGCCGCAAUCCUGGAAGGACUGAAACACAGUAUAUACAGUGGAGGAAGAUCUAGUAACUAUUAGCAAAAUGUCUUGUAGGUAGGUGCUUUGUAUGUGUUUUACAGAAGAGACAACAAUGUGGGGACAUUGAUUUUUUUUUUGGUACAGAAUAAUAGUUCUUUGUUGCAGUUAUUUCUCUUCAGUACAUUUCUAAUGACCAUUUUAUUGCUAAAUCAAAACACCUCAGACACCAAAGUGACAGUAUUCUGAUUCAAUCGAAAACAGACUGGUGGUAGAUGAUGGAGUUCAGAAACGGAUGCCAUGUCAUGUAUUUAUGAAUUUAAUAUAUUUCAUUUUUACACCCCUGCCCAUGUUAUCUCUCAGUUUCUACAGAUAGGUACACGUCUCUCCUAUUGUCUACCAUCCUUUCCUUGCAUCCUAAUCUGACCAUCCUGUUACACCUUUGCUCCAUUUCUUUUCCUUUUCUUCCGUAUUUCAUCUCCCAUCUCUGCCGCUCUCCAGCACCUUUGCAGAGCCCUGUAGUCUCCUCUCCUUUGGGUUUUCCUGCUCCCCUUCCCUCAGUCAGCAAAGCCCCGUCCUCCCUCAUGCUGCCCUUAUUUCUUCAGCGUUGUCAACUUCUUCUCUCCUCCCUCCUCCCCAGCGGUUGCUCGGUCAGCCCGCUCCUUCACACCUGCGCCUUCUUUUCACGUUUUCUCUUUGUCUGUCCGCCUCCUCUUCACCGUCUCCUCUGGCAGCCCUCCAUUUCAUUACUCUGCCAACUUCAAGUGGUACUUAUUAUUCUAUUUUUAGCAAAUGCAGUCGGUCAAUAAUUCAAAAAGAAUUAGAAAUCUGUAAACUAAAACUCCCACCCUGGGACGGAGGGGGCGGCCGCAGCAGAGUUCACUGAAAUUCAAGUGACACUUGGUGCCCUUUGCCAACUUGCAGAUAUCUGACUUUGUAAAUCACUCCUGCUGGGCCGCCACGCUGUGCUGUAGUGGCGAUUUAGAGCAAUGCAGUGUGACAGUCAUUGCGUUUUCAUUGCAAGACCAACCACUAUGGCGAGGAUUACCUUCAAGAUAUCAGACUCCCCUCACAGUCAUUUCUUCAUGCACUGCAGCAUGUGUGUAUAUGUAUAUUUAUAGAUACAUUUACAUGCAGAGAUCACCCAGAUGGUCAGCUUGCUUAAAUAAGGCAAAAUAAGUCAGCAUCACCAGGCAACCUCUGAGUGUGAAAAUGGUGUAAAAUUUUACAUCAUUUUCAUCGUUUUAAGUUAGUUUUGUGUAUCUGUGCCCAUUAAAAACAAACAUAGCGACAAAUAACAUAAGAAUAUGAAUUUAGAGCUUGUGGGAAAAAACCCAUUCAUCACCUUUACAUAAUGUCAAAUGUAUGCAUUAUGUAGUAAACCGUUACUUUUGAUCAUUUGAAUGACAAUAGGUGACCUUUUCUGGAUUUAAAUGAAGGAAAAGUCUAAACAUUAUUAUCAUUGCUCUCCGUCUACGCCUGGACAGCUCGCUUUUUUGACAUUGUAUGCUGAGUGUCCGCCCGUGUGUCCACGUGGCCGUGAAAGCACUGCACAUCCCACAAAGGAAGAGCUGAUCCAAUAGAAAGCAAUUGGUCUUGAAUGAAGCGUUUGAUUUUCCUGCUCUGGAAAAUCCAAUGCUAUCUAGAUGGCAAAAAACGGGAGGGGAAAGCUUUUAGCUCAAUAUGUAACUUGGCUUGUGACACAAAAGCAACUCUUUGUCCUCUCUGCUGCCCCGUCCCCGGCUGCUGCUGGCUGCUACUCCAUUACUUUAAAACAGAACCGGAAUUUGAAUUAGAGAUCUUCUGUUCAGAGUUAAUUUAAAUGUCCGAGUAAUCAAAUUCUAUUUCAAGUGCCACGAAUACUUCUCCUCUACUCCAUUGCCUUUUAGAAACUCUCAACCAUAUCAGCUCAGCUCAGUCCAUUUUCUCUCUUCCUCGGUUCUUCUUGAUUCACUCCCUAAUUAUUUCCAAACACAAGCAAGUUCAAGCAUGCGAAAAAACAUGAACUGCGCAUAAUCUGUCGGGCUUGGACAUGGAGGGGAACUGCCUUGGGGAGGAUUGGCUUUCUCCCUUCCACCUCCACCCCACCUUCUCUUUUCUCCAUCUCUUUUCCUUUUCUCUUGGCUGCCUCUGUCGACUUGAUGAGUGUUCCCAAUGUUAACACAGAUUUUGAAUUUCUUAUUAAACAGAGAGGGCCUCCACACUCCGUUCUGUGGCUGGAGUUAAACCGCUGAAUCAAAGCCCUAACUGGCUGUUUUUAGUGUUAUUGUUACUAUUAUUAUGAUUAAUGUUGCUGAAACACUUGUUUUGGCUGAAUGUGACUGUAAUGUAGCUUAUCCUGUGAUCCCACCAGUGUUUUAUAAGCUGAAAUUUGAGGGUGGGGUGGGGCGAGGGGGGGUAAUCUUAAUGAUGUAGAGAUUAAUCUGCCAUUUGUUGUGACAUCAUUGGCUUUUACAGGAUAACCGGAUGCUUUUUUUCGUAUAUGCUGUAUGUACACAUUUAUAGAAACGUACCUCCAGCUGUGAGUUGAAAUGAUCUCUGCUGUGUUUUGGCUCCAUGUGCGAACCCCCCCAACUCCCCCCCCCCCAACUCCCCCCAAGGCCUCACCUUGUCAACUCGGUGAGUCAUCCUUCCAGAUGCCGCCGCUUGGAUGCUGGAGAAGAGCGACGUCAGGCAACAGCCCCGCAAACAAGAUGUUCUGUUUGAUCGAGAGCGUUUCCUCCAGGCCGCCCCACGCGCUGCUUCGGGGCGCCGCGGCGACGCCACACGGCCUCGCAAUCAGUGCUCUUACUCCACGCAUGACAACUUAAGCAAACGUGACGGGUGCGGGAUCCAUGUCCUCCCUCGGAUUGGCGGAACAAGGGGGGGGGGACGCAGCAGACGCAGGGGAUGUGUGGGGAUGCGUGUUGGCGACGUUUCAGCUCACUCAAACCUCGACUUCAGUGCAGUGACGGAGCUUUGUGUGCAAAAAUGACAUGGCAGCGUUCCGGGUUUUCGCAGUGCAGGGAUGUAGUAUUGUACAAUGAUGUUCAAAAUGUAGUUGUGAUGAACACAAGUGCUUUUUAUCUUCAAGAAUCCUUAAUGUGUGUAGCAAGCUUACAUGCUGUAUGUUUUCCCCAGUGUGGGAUCAUCAUUUACAGUAAGAUGCAGCAGCCACUGACUAUUUAUAUAUUUAUUUAUUUACAUGUUUCUGGUGUUCAUUCAUGAACGUGAUGUCAAAGAUUAUAACCCUCUGAAUAACAGUAUUUAGUUUACAGUUUGUACAAAAAAAAAGAAGAAGAAAGAAAUGUGCCCUUCUUGUAAAAUAAACAUGUAUGUAUUCUUUUUUUUCA